UGGCUUCCCAAACAAGCGUUUGACCACAGCUCUCAGCCCGUCCUCGCAAUAGACUAGACCAACCCCAUCGGCUCAAAACGCAUUACGCGGCCUCCCUUUCCAUACCAUUUCCAGCCUUGGCCCAGUCGCACCUUUGACGUCCACCGGAACGGUUCCGAAAUAGCACAAUAAUGCCAGGCAAGACGUACAUUGUCGAACAUCUCGACCCCGAGCUUGGCCCCUGGUCGGAACUCGAGUACAUCGCCAUCGCCAAAGAAACCCACGCCGCCGGCGGCACCUUCCUGCUGUCCUCCCUGCCCUCCGGUUUCGUCGCCCCGGACAAGUUGAAGCAGAUCCCGGCCUUCGAGGCCGAGGCCCGGGGUGUCGAGGAGCUUUACGCCCAGGACAAGUCCCGAGUGUGCCUGCUCGACCCCGCCGCCGCCAGCGACCUGAGCCCCGACGACGGUGAAAAAUUUGACGCCUUUCUUUUCGGCGGCAUUCUGGGCGAUGACCCCCCUCGUGACCGCACCUCCGAGUUGAGGAAAAAGGGCUUCGAAGGGAGACGCCUGGGCCCGACUCAGAUGACCACUGACACGGCCGUCCGUGUCACGAGAAUCGUCGUCGAGGAGAAGACGCCCUUGGAUAAGAUCCCCUACGUUACCUACCCUGAGCUAAAGUUCAGUGACCAUGAGAGCACCGAGAUGCCUUUCAAGUAUGUCACGGACAAGAAUGGGCAGCCAAUCAUGCCUGAGGGUAUGGUUGACCUCAUCAGAAAGGAUGCCGAUAAGGCAAUUGAUGAUCUCUUCUAAUUUGAUACCAACCCCAAUUGAACAUGAAACGUUUUUAUAAGCUCACACGGCCGAUGCACGACUUCAUGAAAAUUCCGUGACGUUGCGUCCAUCUUGCAAAUUUGGAGAAAAAACAAAGGAUAAAAAUUAUUUAAAAAAAAACCCCUCGCCACCAGUUGAAUAACAUUUGCGUCGGAACCGCGUUGCAUCGUCAGAACAACCCUAGAUCUCGCCAUAUAGAAGACGAGAGCGAUAGAGGGUACUGAAAUGAUAGGAGACGGAUAGCUCUCGGUCCAUUUCGAACCUCAAUGCCGCGCAGGUUUGAUGCCGGUCAUUGUUGACCCCGCACCGGAGAUCGGCCAUCGCUUGACGGAGGGAGGGAUGUGAGGCUUUAAUACUGUGGUUGGCCCGCCCCUCGUAUC